AGUCGUCAAUCCUGAUAGACAGUCGCUGUACAAACAUCAUGAGCCGUCGCAUCCUGUUGAGUCUGUGCGUCCUGGUUGCCGUUUUGGCCCUCGUCAGCGUCGCUGAAGGCGCUCGUGAACGUCGCCAACUUGUCAACGCCAUUCUGGGAGCAGCUUUGGGCUCUCCCGGCUACGGUUACGGACAUCAGUACGGAGGUUAUGGCCAUCAAGGUUACGGAAAUUACGGAGGCUACGGUGGACGUCCCGGUGGUUAUGGUGGAUACAACCAGGGAUAUUCUGGAUAUAAUCACGGAUAUAGCAAUUACGGUGGCCGUCCAGGUGGCUACGGCUCAUACGGAAACCAGGGAUACUACGGUGGGUACGGUGGAUAUGGUGGAUACCAUGGAUAUGGAGGUUACGGAGGAUACCAUGGAUACGGAGGUCACGGUUACUACGGUUAAGAAGAAAUUCAUGAA